AGUUCUCGCUGGAUUGUGACGCUGGUCCUGGUCAUUCCGCAAGUUUUGUUGCCGAGUUGACAAUGCCAGCGCUCGACGUCCUUCCCAACACAUUGGUUCCGCUGGCUACGUGCCAGAUCUGCUUGGACGCGACGUGCGUCGUCCAGCAGCUUUGCGGCGCCAAGUGCCCCGCCGCCGUGUGCACGAGCUGCCUCCAGAGCUACGUGCAAGCGCACUCGACGGCUGCCAUCAGCGGUGUCUUGACCAAGCUUGAGUGCCCGAUUUGCAUCAAGCCGUUGCCGCUGCCACGGUGGAAGGAGCUCGUCGGCGACAGCGCGCUUCUUGGCCUCGAGACCAAGGUUGCGGCUGCGUGUUCGACACUCUGCCCGCAAUGCCACAACUUCUCCGUACUCUUGCCGCCCGCGCAUGAAACGAACGAUGCCGCAUGCCCAUGGAGCGAGGCCGGUCUGACCAAGGUCCAACCGCUCUGUGCCGAGUUCAACCACCACCAGCGUAGUGCCAUCGACGUCUACGAGUCUCUCGUUGGUCUGUACGGAACCGACCAGCGCGACGAGAUGCUCACACGGCUGUUGCCGCUGCUCCUCGAUACCGAGCGCCGUGCUACCUUGUUCUUGCACUGGCGGCGACAACAGCCCUUUGUGUACACGCGGUGUUGCGACCAAGCCGUGUGCUUUGGCUGCCAGACCAAGGGCCACCACGAGAACGUGCCAUGCCAAAGCGUGACGCCGAUGGCCAACGACCUUGUCGGCUGCCCAGAGUGCCACGUGCAGCUCGUCAAAGGCGACGGCUGCGACUCGAUCACGUGCUUUUGCGGCGCGUCGUUCAACUGGGUCGACCGCCUCCGCGCCUAUCGGCUCGCGACGCUCCUGCCGCCGCGCAAGCACAUCUUCAAGCGCGUCCUCUUCCUUCUCCGCGCGCGCCUCCAGAAGCGGCAGUAUUCGAUCUUUGUCGUGAGCCAGAUUCCGUCGUUUGUGCUCCAGCAAAAGCUGCUCUUCAUCACGUACAACUUUUUCUGCCCCAGCUGGCACCGCUUUCGCCACUCGCUUCUUACGCUCGUGCACCGGCGCCGCGCCACGCGUUUGGCAAUGCAGCUCACGCCAUAGCCAGUGUAUAUAUGAUGAUCGAAUUGACCC